AUGUCGAAUGGACCGAGAUAUAGAGGAAAGACUUUCCAUGAGUACAUGUCCGCAAAGUUCUGGCAUCCUGCCAGUAAGCGGAACAUCGUCACUGUCUGGAAGCGAAAGCAGCAGAUGGAGGCGGACAAACGCAAGGAGCAGGAGCGCGCAGAAGAGGCAAGAAAAGAGAAUGAAAGGAAUCUCGUCCAAAAAGCGCUCGGCGACAAGAAGGCCAUGUCCGGCGUUUCCUUCCUCUACGAAAUGCCCAACAAUAUCAUGCCAAAAGAUAUCAAUGCUCCCGAAAAUCAAGGAGACCGCCCUGGUCAGACGGCCAAAAACUUCGAAAUCAAGUUCGAGUGGCAGAAAAACGCCCCUCGCGAUUCCCAUUUUAACACAAUGGGAGAAGUCCGUAACUCCAUCUUCAACCACAAACCCUUCGGUAUCGAAGUGCGAAAUGUCAAAUGUAUGAAAUGUGGCGAGUUUGGUCACUCAAAUGUCGACAGAGUCUGUCCAAUGUACGGCAAGGUCGGUGAUCGAGACAAUCCAGAGUGGGAUUUGAAGAAGGAGCAAAUGGAGAUCCUUGCGAGCAGACUUACUCAAAAUUCCGGAUUCAAACUCAAAGACGUUGCAAAACAGCAUGUUGGUGAUCUGUCCUUCGAUCCAUCGGAGAAAAAGUCGAAAAGGCGCCGUGAAAAAGAGGGCGAAAUUGAAAUGGAAUUCUUAAAGACCCUGAAUCCAAAGGAAAAAGAACAGCUCUUGGAAAAACUUGAGGAGCAGCGCAGGAGAAAAAAACAAGCCGAGAAGAAGAGGAAAAAAGCGGUCAAAAAAGAACUCAAAGCUGAAAUGGCUAGACAACUUGCAUCGAGCAAAACUAAAAUCAAGCAUCCAAAGGUUGAAUACGAGCAAAAACCCAUCGUCGAGAGCGAGGACGAGGAAGACGAGCCUGGCCCUUCCACUCCUGUUAAUAUCACCCUGCCAAAGCGAAAAGACGAGGACGAAAAAGCAAAGAUACUCGCCGCAAAGAAAGAGUUCGCUAGAAAACUGGCAGAGAUUAAGCACAUGAUGGAGCAGGAGUCCGAUUCUAGCGACGAUGAUUCAUCUGAUGACUCGGACGACUCUGAUUAUGAAACUGGUAGUAGUCCUGACGCUGCCCAGAAAAAGGACUUACCAAAGAAUAUGCCACCACCACCGAAACCUGGAAUGAUUCUAGUAAAGAAAAAACGCGCUGCUCCAGUUGCUAAAAAUAACGAAGAAGAUGAGGCUAAAAGAAAGCGAAUCGAGGAUUUGAAAGCGCUAGAAUCACAGAUGAAAAUGGUUCGAAAGCGACUAGCUGAAAAGCAAAAGACAGAGCUUAAAGAGAGCACGAGGCGCCUUCAAGAGAGCAAAAAGCCGCGUAAAGAAGUCGAGCCCACUCCGAUUGUUAAUGAGGAUGAUCUUACGUCGGGCCUGUUGGAUUGUAUCGAUUCCAGCCGCACUCAAUGGAAGCCUACUAGUCUUAUUGCGUAUGACUCGGACUCAGAUUAA